UGUUAUUUUAAGAAGACUUUCGACCGUAGCCGCACGGAUUUUUUUUUUUGGUCAUGAAGUGUUUUGCACUUAUUUUAACUCUACUGCUUCCGCUGCUUGGACUGGUGUUUACUGGCGCAGCCGAAACCGUCGAAGACUGCACGGAAAUAUCCUGCCGGACGUUCCAACACAUCAACACCCUGUGGUGCCACACCCGGCCAACCUACUUCUGCCAGUGUCGACCGAGUCCAACCGGACUUUGGGUAGCUCAGGUGAUGCCGUGUGCCAUCGGAACCGUUUUCAGCUUCCGCCAGCAGGUGUGCGUUCAUCCUUCGGACACCGCAAAAGACGACGACUGUACGGAUCGGAUUCUGACGGAGCUGGACGAACUGUGCGAAGAUCCGCCGGUACGGUGUGGGACGCCUCAGGAGAUUAACCGACUGGCGUGUCACAAGGAGCCGAAAAAAUUCUGCCAGUGCCGCCCGCUGGACAUCAAUCCGACCCUGUACGCUCCGUUGGCUAGGCCGUGUGCCCCGGAGACCACCUUCAGCUUUCGACAGCAAACCUGCGUGCACGAUUGGACCUGGACGGACAGUUGUUCCGAGGAUGGGGGUGAUUCGAUGAGUUGAAGAAAAAAACGCCGGAUUUGCGAGACCGGAAUUUAGAAUUUGAAGCCUUCCAUUUCGGGAAGAACGUCGCGGCAAAGAAGCUCACGGCGUGCAACGAAAUCCGAUCACGAUUUGUUUCUAUGAGUUUAGAAGAACGAAUGAAAAAAAUAAUUACGGACACUAAUAA